UAUACGACAUCGCGGUGAUUCGGCAUGACUGGCCUCUCACUGCAAAGGGUUCCGGACGUCUCCACCUCAUCUCGUCCCGUUGUCAGACUGAACCGGUCCGGUAUCACCAGCACUGAAACUACAACCACUCCGAGGCGCCGACCGUGCAUACUGGUUACAGUAGUUGACAGGAGACUGACCACUCUGCGAUACGAUGGCUGACCAACUGACUGAGGAGCAGAUUGCUGAGUUCAAGGAGGCGUUCUCCCUGUUCGAUAAGGAUGGAGACGGCACCAUCACCACCAAAGAGCUGGGGACCGUGAUGCGCUCUCUGGGCCAGAACCCCACGGAGGCGGAGCUACAGGACAUGAUCAACGAGGUGGACGCCGACGGUAACGGGACCAUCGACUUCCCAGAGUUCCUGACCAUGAUGGCGCGGAAGAUGAAGGACACAGACAGCGAGGAGGAGAUCAGAGAAGCCUUCAGAGUCUUUGACAAGGACGGGAACGGCUACAUCAGCGCGGCGGAGCUGCGGCACGUAAUGACCAACCUGGGGGAGAAGCUGACGGACGAGGAGGUGGACGAGAUGAUCCGCGAGGCUGACAUCGACGGAGACGGACAGGUCAACUACGAGGAGUUCGUCCAGAUGAUGACUGCCAAGUGAAGGCUGCUCCACCUUCUACUGUCAUCGCUUGUCCUGAGAUCACUCUUGUCUUUAAGAAAGGAAAUCUAUCAAAACAAAGAUCACACCGCCCCCCCCCCCCCCCCCCCCCCCCCCGCCUCUAUAACCUCUAUCUAAUCACUGUCGAGCUGGGAUCACUCACGGCCUCCUUCUGAGCUGGCUCUAGACCGCGCCUCUGUAGCCUUCUGUAGAGAGGCUCACGGGCCAGGCCAGCCUCCAGAGCGCUGAAGCCCCUUUCUCCUCCUCCCAGGGCACUGGGGCCCCUGGCUUCAUUAGGGCCCCUAGCACCAGGCCUCUGGCUUCAUUAGGGCCCCAAGCUCCUGGCUUCAUUAGGGCCCCAAGCUCCUGGCUUCAUUAGGGCCCCUAGGUUCAUUAGGGCCCCUAGCACCAGGCUUCAUUAGGGCCCCAGGCUUCAUUAGGCCCCUAGCACCAGGCUUCAUUAGGGCCCCUAGCACCAGGCUUCAUUAGGCCCCUAGCACCAGGCUUCAUUAGGGCCCUUGGCUUCAUUAGGCCCCUAGCACCAGGCUUCAUUAGGGCCCCAGGCUUCAUUAGGCCCCUAGCACCAGGCUUCAUUAGGCCCCUAGCACCAGGCUUCAUUAGGGCCCCUAGCACCAGGCCUCUGGCAUCAUUAGGGCCCCUAGCACCAGGCUUCAUUAGGGCCCCUAGCACCAGACUUCAUUAGGCCCCUAGCACCAGGCUUCAUUAGGGCCCCUAGCACCCGCGUAGCGGUAGAGGGCCCGUCUCCCAGGAGACCCCCGUACCCCUCACUCUCACAUUGGACUGCAGGCCCCCCCGGGGGCCCCAUCGUCCCUGUAUUGAACCGCGUCAGACGCUCUGCAUGCGCCCUUCAGCGGCUGAACCCCAGAGAUGUACUCGGAUCGUGAACACGCUGACGAUAUGAAAUAUAUAAAGGAUAUAUAUGUACAUAUAUAUUUUCUCUCUAACAUGUUUGGUGUCAGUGGGUGCUGAGUGGGGGCCAUUUCUCCCGGGGGUCCGUUUGUCUGGAGAUGUGACGACACUAUGGGUGGGGGGCACUUUUAGAGGAGGGGUGGGUGCUGAUGUUGUCGUUCAGAAGGAGCACUUCGCCCCUCAGCCUGCUGGGGGCGUUGUUGUGCGACGUGAAGAUUCAGGAAGCGAUAAAGUGGAGGACUGCAAAGAUAUUAAAUCUGCAAACGGAUAUCCUGAUGACAUUAAUGUAAUGCUUUUUAAAUGUUAUCCAAUAUUAAUGUAUUUACUACAAACUUUGGUCACACAAUAUGUGUCUGUCAGUAGUGUGUUGCGUCGCCAGUUGUGGUAGAUCGUUUAUCGCCCUCGGUUUUGUGCCAUAAUCUCAACACCUCAAACCUGAAUAAAGAUGUGUGGUUAAUUAGAACAUUAUCAAUAUAUUAAUAUUCAGUAAAAAUAUACCGCUCUUUGGUGUCUUCCAUGAGAUAUUAGUUCUGAACGAAAGAGGAGCAGAGUCGGAGGUCGAGGCGGUCGUGGUAUCGUCCCCCUCAUGGUUUCAGUUCCCCGUUGUUCAGAGUACACUGCAUAUAUCUAUCUAUAAAUAUAUUCCCUAAUAUUUUUCGUCAGAAGGCUAUAUAUUUCCAGUUGGAGUUUCAGACGGGGGAGGGCAGCUUAGUGAAGACUUGUAGCACCUGAGGGGUUAAGUGUGUUUUCUGAGGGUCGGGACGUCCUUCAGUCCUGUGAACUCGUUCGAAGCGGGCUUAAUUUAAGAGGGGGGAUAUCUGAAAUGUUGAUGUGAUAUUUUAAUGAUCCAAUAAAUUGAACAUGUGUGCAGA